UCGAUAGGGACAACUAAUGACAUUUGUGAUUUGACAUCUCGACCACGGUUUGGCCUGUCUGUGAGAUACCAUCAUGAUCCAGAACAAAAGAUAAAAACGGUGCCAACGCAAUGUGAUCUAUGCGGCAAACUGAUGAGAAUCGAUACAAUAUCGAAACAUAAACGUAUCGUCCAUCGCGAUCCAGGAACACCAGCAUGUACGCUUUGCUGCAAAACAUUUUCCAACGCAGAACAGCUAACGAAGCAUAAGCAAUAAGUCUGUGAUAAGUCGGGCGCAUUUGAAUGCACCAUUUGUAGAAAGGUUUAUGUCCUGAGGGCAUCUCUGAAGAAGCACAUUCAAAAACACCACGAUCCAGGUUAUAAGAAGAGCGCCCCGGUUCCGUGCGAAAUAUGCGGCAAAGUGAUGAGAAAAGAAUCAUUGUCGAAACAUAAGAGAAUUGUACACAUUACGAUUGGAAAACAUGCCUGUAAAUUUUGCGCAAGAGUAUUUUCGGGCAAAGAAGAGUUUUUAACACAUAAAUCGCUGUGUUUGUGGAAACGGAAUAAUAAUGAAAGCUUUGAAAUUGGCAAAUAUGAAUGUGUGACGUGCAAAAUAACAUUCCAAUUGAAAUCUUCGCUUGAGAAACACACUAACUUGAUACACCAAUUGAUUCAAUAACUAUUUUGGAGAAUCAUUUCGCAAAUUUCGAGAUUUGGGCAAUAGUACCAAAAACAAGGAAUUGUUUUAAAUGGGAUUUUGUAUUUGGAAACAUUGAUGUUUAGGCAUCAAAUCAUUACAAAGUCUUCGCCACUGAUUUUUUCUUAAAUUAAUGCCAAUUUCACUUAAAAACUAAAAAAUCUACAGCAAAAAUGAUCUAAAUAAAAGUUAGAAAAGUCGAGAAUAUUUUUCCGAUUUUUCUAUUCUGUAAAUGAUGUCCUUUAUUUCUCUGGCAUUAAAAAAAAGUUAUAUUCAACAAUGUACUUUGUCAAAGUAAUUCGUUUUACUUUAGAAUCAAAUUGACAGCUUGACUGUCAACAAUAAUUACAAUUUGACACUAAAAAAAUAAAGCAUUUAAAAGGCUAGUCAAAAGUGGAAAAACUACGAAUUUCAUUGAUAUUUUGCCCGAAACAAAUAUUUAUUAAGAAAUAAUGGCUGCAAUCCAUGCAGUUCACCAGUGUUUAUUUUGUCCACAAACAUUUGGCAGUGCCACCGAAAAGGACGAUCACAUUUUGGUGCAUUUUGCUCAAGAGACAUGCACGGAUUGCAAUCAAAAAUUGAUUCGAAUCGGAAGCAAUUGGUACACACUACACACCACAAUGCAUCACGUCAUGUCAAUCAACCAAUGCACAAGCCCGGAACUCAGUAUACCCUGAACAGCGUCUGUUAUCCAGCGAAUUUUUCAACAUUCGAAAAAACGAUUUGCGUCGAUGGUGUGCAAACUAUUUAAACAAUAUGAACAACGGGGCGUGCCAAUUAACAAUGAAUUUGCAAUAAGUCAUGAAAUCAGUAAUGAAUCAUUACUAAUGAUACCGAAUCAAAGCCAAUGCUACAAGUGGAUAUUAUUGAAGACGAUAGUUAUCUGGAGAGUAUGCAACGGUAUUUGAGCAGCAACACACAUGACAAUAAUGAACAACAAUCGAAAAAGAAUAGCGCACGAAAGAGUUGCAACGAAAGUGAUAGAGCCGAAUGUGAUAUUUGUGGACAAGCAAUGUCUUUCAAGUCCACUUCAAAUCAUAAGAAACUGAAACACAAGGCACCAGGUACGCACAUUUGUCGAAAUUGUCGCAAAAUUUUCCCCAACGAAGACGAACUAUGGCAACACAAGACAGAGUGUCGAACUCGAAAGAAAACAAAAAAAUUGCAUAAAAUUGGCGAAUUGGAUGGAAGUGAAAAAGCAACCCGAUCCACAUUGACCUUUCACAGACAUUUAAUGUGCCAUGACCCGAAUUUUAUGUUGAAUCAUAAUCCCAAAAGGGCCGUGCACGGUGGGCCGGGUGCUCAUCUGUGCAAAAACUGUGGCAAAUUAUUUUGCAGCAAAGAUAAAUUGUCGAAACAUCGGCGCGAAUGUAAGCAUGAAUUGAACAAAGUGAAUGAAGUCAGCUGUGAUAUAUGCGGCCAAGUAAUGUCUUUCAAGUCGAUUUCGAAUCAUAAAAAACUGAAACAUGCAGCCCCCGGCACACCUAUUUGUACAAUUUGCCGCAAAGUGUUUACAAAUGAGAAUGAACUUUCGCAGCACAAAUUGGAGUGUCGAAUUAAAAAGAAAAAUCGAUAAUGAUAAAAGAAAUUUUUUAAAUUUUUCAAAAGAAAUAUCGAAUGAUAAUCGAUUUAUCGCUCGCAGCCACUAUAACAAAAGGUGUCCGAAGAGAGACAAGCUAUUCGGCUCCCCCUAUCCAGCCUGGCAAAUUUUUGCGAUUGCCUUGAAACCUUUUUAGGGAUUUAGUGACUAAUUUGUGAUAAUUUGUGACACCAAUAUUUCGGCCCAUGGAAUAGACCUUCGGCCAAUUUUGGCCAUUUUUCUAUUUAGGCCUAUUGGCCAAAAAGUCUCUCAGUGAAAUUUUGAAUAAAAGCAAAAAAUAAAAAUAUAAUGAUGCAGAAUUUUGGUGAUUAAUUUGUGACUCACAAAUAUGACUUUAGAUUUUCGAUACGACAUCUGGUGGACAUAUAAUGAACAAAAAAUUGAAAAAUGCACAAAAAUGAUUUUAAUCGAAAAUUUGAAAAGGCUUUUCAUAAAAAUGGGCAAAAUUAUAAAAAUUC